UUGCCUCGUGCUCGUGUUCUGAUACACAUGAACCACAACACAGCUUCCUCAAGCUCGUAGCUUUAUCCGAACUGAAAACUCAUCUUCUUCCUCUUCUCUUCUCUGCUACCAUGCCUCUUCUAAUAGCAGGAACACAACGUUCGUUACUUCCUCCGAUCCCUCGCCAUCAUUACCACAACAACAACAACAACAAGAACAAGCUUCUUAUCAUAGCCUCUUCUCAGAAGCGCUUCCCUUUUGCCCCAACGCGAAUUGUUUUCUCGAGGCACAUUCGCGCAAUCCCUCCUCUAAAGUCUGCGUCCAUCAACGGGGUCUCCGUUCCAGAAGCUUCCAGCGAAGGCAAUGCUGUUGAGUUUCUUGAGACAAUACGAAAGUGGAUUCGGUUCCUUCCUUCGAUUUUUCCCGGUGGAAGUUGGUGGGACUUCUCAGACGAAAUCGACGUUCAGGUACUGGCUCAGCCGGUGACCGUAUGGCGCGCUCUCGCCAAAAUGUGGGACCUUGUUGCUCGAGACAGAUGGGUCAUUGUCGCCGCGUUCUCUGCUCUGAUUCUCGCAGCAGUUUCGGAGAUUUCCAUACCACAUUUCUUGACAGCAUCCAUCUUUUCGGCACGGGGUGCGGAAGUUACAGUUUUUCAUCGGAAUGUGCGUUUGUUAGUUCUGUUGUGUGCAACUUCGGGAAUAUGCAGUGGGAUACGAGGUUGCUGUUUUGGCAUUGCAAACAUGAUUCUGGUUAAGAGAAUGAGAGAAACAUUAUACUCUUCCCUUCUUCUUCAGGAUAUAUCAUUUUUUGACACUGAAACAGUUGGUGAUUUGACGAGUAGGCUUGGGGCAGAUUGUCAACAAGUGUCAAGGGUUAUUGGAAAUGAUCUUAACUUGAUAUUGCGCAAUUGUCUUCAGGGGACAGGUUCACUAAUCUACUUGUUGAUUUUGUCUUGGCCUCUUGGUUUAUGUACAUUGGUGAUAUGCUCCAUAUUAGCAGCAGUUAUGUUACGUUAUGGAAGGUACCAGAAAAAGGCAGCAAGGUUGAUCCAAGAAGUCACUGCUUCUGCAAAUGAUGUAUCUCAAGAGACAUUCUCUCUUAUUAGAACAGUUCGAGUUUAUGGAACAGAAGAAAAAGAACUUGGAAGGUACAAAUCGUGGCUGGGGAAAUUAGCUGACAUAAGCUUGCGACAAAGUGCUGCAUAUGGAUUUUGGAGUUUUAGCUUCAACACUCUUUAUCAUUCAACUCAGGUUAUUGCUGUGCUAUUUGGAGGAACUUCUAUCCUUGCGGGUCAUAUUACAGCAGAGAAACUUACUAAGUUUAUACUAUACAGUGAAUGGUUAAUUUAUUCAACCUGGUGGGUGGGAGAAAAUAUAUCCUCUUUGAUGCAAUCUGUUGGGGCUAGUGAAAAAGUAUUCCAUUUAAUGGAUCUCUCACCUAGCAGCCAAUUCAUAACAAGAGGAGUAAAGUUGCAGAGGUUAAUGGGGCGUAUUGAGUUUCUAAAUGUAGCUUUUCACUAUCCUUCAAGGCCAACGGUAUCUGUUGUGCAACAUGUAAACUUUGUUGUCCAUCCUAAUGAGGUGGUUGCAAUUGUUGGUCUUAGUGGUAGUGGAAAAAGCACAUUGGUGAAUCUUUUGCUCCGUCUCUAUGAACCUACAAAUGGUCAGAUUUUGAUUGAUGGUAUCCCUCUUAAAGACUUGGACAUCAUGUGGUGGAGAGAGAGAAUUGGAUUUGUGGGACAGGAACCCAAGCUCUUCCGGAUGGAUAUUAGUUCAAACAUUAGAUAUGGAUGUACUCGAGAUGUAAAGCAGGAGGAUGUUGAAUGGGCUGCGAAGCAGGCCUAUGCCCAUGACUUCAUCUCAGCACUGCCCAAUGGCUAUGAAACACUUGUCGAUGAUGAUCUGUUAAGUGGGGGACAAAAGCAGCGAAUUGCUAUUGCUAGGGCCAUUCUUAGGGACCCAAAAAUAUUGAUCCUUGAUGAAGCCACUAGUGCACUGGAUGCUGAAAGUGAACAUAAUGUCAAGGGUGUUCUUCGAUCUGUUAGAAGUGACUCUGCAACAAGGAGAAGUGUAAUAGUCAUUGCACAUAGGCUUUCUACCGUACAAGCAGCUGACCGGAUUGUGGUGAUGGAUAACGGUCAAAUUGUUGAGAACGGAAGUCACAGGGAGCUUCUCUUAAAAGAUGGUUUAUAUGCACGGUUGACUAGAAAACAGGCUGAUGCCAUGGCAUGAUUUGGGUUUCUGUGGCAAACAUUCUAUUUUUCUUCUGGCUUCUUUCUUUUUAAAUGCAGUAUAUUGGGGCAAGCAACUUUUUUUUACUUGCUGACCCAUGUAUUUAUAGUAUUAUACAAGAAAAUUGAAGUUUAGCAAAGAAGGAAGCUACAGCAGUUUUGGUUCGAAAUGCAUGGCGGCUUCAGAAAGAUUUCCCGGUAUCAGGUUCUUAGGCAGAUGUAAAAACAUGAAUGUAGGUCCAUUGGGGGGGUUAUUCAUAGUCAAGAUGCUUUUAAGCGUCAGCUGUACUAUAAUAUAAACUUUUUAUUGUAUAGCUGUAAUUUAAAUGUUUAACGCUUCAAGACAUUUGAUUUGGAGAAUACCUCUUGCCCUUGUUUGA